UCUGCCUGUCCCUGCAUGAGCUGCUGUCCUGCACCCCGGGGGGGUGAGCAGGAGUGUGCCAAGAGCAGGAGUGUGCUGGGCUCCGUGUCUGGGGUGGGCAGCUGGUGGUGGCUGAUCCGGUGGCUGCCCCCUCACUCCUGCUCUUGGCUCCCACAGGGACAAAACCCCUUCGACCUGGAGUUUGACCAGUCCAACCACCUGGAGCCCGUUUUCAACUUCGAGUGCCCGCCCCGUCCCGACAUGCCUUCAAGUCAACCCAUCGACAUCCCUGACGCCAAGAAGAGGAACAAGAAGAAGAAGCGCUGCAGGGCCACCGACAGCUUCUCGGGCAGGUUUGAGGAUGUUUACCAGCUGCAGGAGGAGGUGCUGGGAGAAGGGGCCCACGCCAGAGUCCAGUCCUGCGUGAACCUCAUCACCAACAAGGAGUACGCGGUGAAGAUCAUAGAGAAGCGCCUGGGACACAUCCGGAGCCGGGUGUUCCGGGAGGUGGAGAUGCUGUACCAGUGCCAGGGACACAGGUAGGGUGGAGCAGCCAC